AUGCUGGAUAUUAUAUCUCUUGAUCCACUUUUGCUGCCAUAUAAUGAAGUUUUAGAGAAGAGAUAUGAAUCAGUAAAGAAUCUUAUUAAAUUAAUUGAGUCAUCAGAAGGAUUAGAUUCGUUUACACGGAGUUAUUUGCAUAUGGGAUUACAUGUAAAGCCUAACAAAGAUCUGGUAUAUCGUGAAUGGGCACCAAAUGCUGUUUCAGCAAGUUUAGUUGGUGAUUUUAAUGAAUGGGAUACUCAACGGCAUCCAAUGGUUAAAGAUGUACAUUCUAUAUUUGAGGUAGUUGUAUCAGCGGUAAAUGGGAAAGUAGCUAUUCCUCAUGAAUCGCGUGUAAAAAUAUGUAUGGUUACUACGUCUGGUGAUACAAUUUAUCGAAUUCCGGCAUGGAUCCGACGUGUUACACAGGAUCUUUCUGUUAGUUCAAUUUAUGAUGGAAUUUUUUGGAAUCCAGAGAAAACAUAUAUUUUCAAGAAUCCAAGGCCACCUAGGCCAAAUGCAUUACGUAUUUAUGAAGUUCACGUAGGUAUUAGUACAAACGAAUAUCGUAUAGGGACUUAUCGUGAAUUUACGCAAAAUGUUCUUCCACGUAUUCGUUAUUUGGGAUACAAUACAUUACAGCUUAUGGCAAUUAUGGAACAUCCAUAUUAUGCUUCUUUUGGAUAUCAUGUUACUAGCUUUUUUUGUAUUUCAAGUCGUUAUGGGACACCGGAAGAACUAAAAGAGUUAAUCGAUACAGCUCAUGGUAUGGGUAUUACAGUUUUGCUUGAUGUUAUUCAUUCUCACGCUUGCAAAAAUGUUGAAGAUGGAAUUAAUAUGUUUGAUGGAACUGAUCAUAUGUAUUUUCAUGAAGGAAAAAAAGGAGUUCAUGAAUUAUGGGAUAGUAGGCUUUUUAAUUAUGGGAAUUAUGAAGUAUUGCGUUUUUUACUUUCAAAUUUACGAUUUUAUGUGGAGGAAUAUUGUUUUGAUGGUUUCAGAUUUGAUGGUGUAACAAGUAUAAUGUAUACUCAUCAUGGUAUUGGUGUUAGCUUUUCAGGAAAUUAUAAUGAAUAUUUUGGUUCUGAUUCAGAUGAAGAAGGAAUCAGAUAUUUAAUUUUGGCAAACGAAGUUCUUCAUAAAUUUUACCCAUCAUGUAUUACAAUUGCUGAAGAUGUUUCUGGUAUGCCUGGGUUGUGUAUACCUACAUUUAAAGGAGGCAUUGGCUUUGAUUAUCGCUUGGCAAUGGCUUUACCCGAUAUGUGGAUUAAUCUUCUAAAAAAUAUAAAAGAUGAAGAUUGGGAUAUGGGUCAUAUUUGUUAUACAUUAACAAAUAGAAGAUAUAUGGAAAAAACUAUCGGAUACACUGAAUCUCAUGAUCAAGCACUUGUAGGUGAUAAAACAUUAGCAUUUUGGUUAAUGGAUAAAGAAAUGUAUACUAAUAUGAGUAAUAUUUUUGAAAUCACACCUGUUAUUGAUCGUGGAAUUGCACUACAUAAAAUGAUUAGAUUAAUUACUCAUAGCUUGGGUGGUGAAGGAUAUUUAUGUUUUGAAGGAAAUGAGUUUGGUCAUCCUGAGUGGUUAGAUUUUCCUCGAAUAGGUAAUAAUAAUAGUUUCCAUUACGCUAGAAGACAGUGGAAUCUUGUUGAUGAUAACUUAUUACGUUAUAAAUAUUUAAAUGAAUUUGAUAGAACUUUACAACAUAUGGAAGAAAAAUAUUGUUGGCUUAGUUCACCUCAAGCGUAUAUUUCUCUCAAGAAUGAGUUUGAUAAAGUUAUUGUUUAUGAAAGAGCUGGUCUUUUAUUUAUAUUCAAUUUUCAUCCAUGUAAAAGUUUUAUUGAUUACCGUGUUGGUAUAGAUGUUGCUGGAACAUAUCAAGUCGUUUUAUACACUGAUUCUAAGGAGUUUGGCGGUUUAAAACAUAUUGAUCAAACUGUUCUUUAUCAAACAACUGAUUUCGAAUGGAAUGGACGGAAAAAUUUUAUCCAAUGUUAUAUUCCUACACGAACAGCCAUUGUAAUGGCACUUGUAUCAAUGGUCUAA